CUCAUUCACUCAGCCCUAUCUGACGCCGUCUUUCUCCCUCUCUCUCUCUCUCUCUCUCCUCUCGGAAUCUUCCCUUUUUUUCCUCAACAGAAAACAUGCAGGGAGGAGAGGAGGAGGAGAAAAGAAGAAACGCGUCGGAGGUGACAAGAGAGAGAGGAAGCAGAGAAAGUUGGUAGAGGAGCGAGAGGGCGAGAGGAGAGGAGAGGGGUCGACCAGAUGGGAGGAAGGAAGGAAAGGAUUUCUCUGCGGGCUCAAGUGCGCGAUUAAAGGAUUCUGCAUAAAUAAACAAAUAUAUGAAUCAAAGCCCAUAAUAAAAAGGGGAAUUAUAGGCGCGCCACCGCGUUGCGUGGACGCGGACAAGACAGCGGCGGUGCGCGCUGCAACAGCCAAGUCCUGUCUUUCUCUCUCUCUCUCUCUCUCUCUCUCUCCCUCUCACUCUCUCUCUCUGGAUUUUACUCCUCAUGUUCUUCAAACUCUCGGUGAGGUUCACUAACUUUUAAAGUCGGUGUCUGUAAAAAAAACUUUCCCUCGCCGCGGCCUUCCAAUUAGCUUUCUCCCCGGAAAACAAAAAGAAGCUCCGGAGGUGGAAGUGGAGGAAGGAAGAGCGUUUUUGUUCCUUCCGAGGAGUCCAGCUCGCCGCAGCCGGAGUUUAGGCGUUGGCACCCGGGCAGGCAGUCCCUCGCCAUGGCCGGGGCCAAGCCGGGAGUCCACGCGCUGCAGCUCAAACCCGUGUCCGUCCACGAAGCGCUGAAGAAGGGAGGCAAGUUCAUCAAAUGGGACGAGGAGCCCAACAGCGGGCCUCCCACCCUGGUAACCCUGAAAGUCGACCCAGAUGGAUUCUUCCUUUACUGGACUGGAGGGUCCAACUUGGAGGUGGAGAUUCUGGACAUCAGCACUAUCAGGGACACCAGGACGGGAAAGUUUGCCAAACAACCAAAGGACCCAAAACUGCGGGAGGUCCUGGGCUUUGGCAAGGGUGACAAUGUAGAAGGGAAGCUGGUAACCGUCGUCUAUGGCAACGACCUGGUCAACAUCUCCUUCCUCAACUUCCAGGCAAUGCAGGAGGAUACGGCCAAGAUUUGGACAGAUGAGCUGUUCACUUUGGCCACAAACAUACUUUCCCAGAAUGCAUCACGGAACACCUUCCUUCUCAAAGCGUACACUAAGUUAAAGUUGCAGGUGAAUCAGGAUGGGAAGAUCCCAGUGAAGAAUAUUCUCAAGAUGUUUUCAGAUAAAAAGAGAGUGGAGACGGCUCUGGAGCAGUGUGGUCUCGUCAACAACAGGGCAGAGGGAAUAAAGCCAGAUGAUUUCACGUGGGAGGCCUUCCAGAAGUUUCUUGACAGCCUCUGUCUCAGGCCUGAGAUACAAAGCAUCUUUGAGGAAAGUGGCUCCAAGAGAAAGCCGUUCAUCUCUUUAGACCAGCUGAUGGACUUCAUUAACCGCAGGCAGCGAGACUCCAGACUGAACGAGGUGCUGUACCCCCCACUGAAGAGAGAGCAGGUCCGACAGAUCAUGGAGAAAUAUGAGACCAACACAAGCCAGCUGGAGAGAGACCAGAUUAGUUUACAGGCUUUCAGUCGGUACCUGGGGGGAGAGGAAAACGGCAUCGUGCCUCCAGAGAGGCUGGAUGUCAUCGAUGAUAUGAACCAACCGCUGUCUCACUACUUUAUCAAUUCCUCACACAACACAUACCUCACAGUGGGGCAGCUGACUGGUCUAUCUUCAGUGGAGAUGUACAGACAGGUGCUCCUGACCGGCUGUCGCUGUGUCGAGCUGGACUGCUGGAAGGGCCGACCGCCAGAUGAGGAGCCCUACAUCACCCACGGGUUCACCAUGACCACUGAGAUCUCCUUCAAGGAGGUGAUUGAAGCGAUAGCAGAGAGUGCUUUCAAGACCUCACCGUACCCUGUUAUCCUGUCCUUUGAAAACCAUGUAGAUUCAGCCAAGCAGCAGGCCAAGAUGGCAGAGUACUGCAGGACCAUCUUUGGAGACGCCCUGCUCAUUGAUCCACUGGAGAAAUAUCCGCUGGUUCCAGGUCAGCUGCUGCCAUCACCUCAGGAGAUGCUGGGGAAGAUUCUUGUGAAAAACAAGAAGAAGCACUACCACCACCGACCCUCGAGUGGAGGCAGCAUACGACGCAGAGAGAUGGAGGAGCAGUCGACACCCAACAACGACUGUCCUCUGACAGACAGCGAAGGGAGCCAGCUCCUGUCCAAUGGGGAAGAGAAGCUGGCUGAGAGGAUGGUGAAAGACUCGGAGCCUCGCAAGUCCAUCGGAGGCGAGGGAGAGAGCGAGGAGGAUGAGGAGGAUGAACCAGUGGCGGACCCGAAAAAGCCAAACACCGACGAGGGUACAGCCAGCAGUGAGGUGAACGCCACAGAGGAGAUGUCAACUCUCGUCAACUACAUUGAACCUGUCAAAUUCAAGAGCUUCGAGGUGGCAACCAAGAGGAAGAAGUUCUUUGAGAUGUCGUCGUUUGUGGAAACCAAAGGCAUGGACACCCUGAAGAACUCCCCUAGCGAGUUUGUCGAGUACAAUAAGAACCAGCUGAGCCGGAUCUACCCUAAAGGCACGAGGGUGGACAGCUCCAACUACAUGCCUCAGCUCUUCUGGAACGUCGGUUGCCAGAUGGUGGCGCUUAACUUUCAGACUCUUGACCUUCCUAUGCAGCUAAACAUGGGAGUGUUUGAGUAUAACGGCCGCAGCGGCUACCUGCUGAAACCAGAAUUCAUGAGAAGGACAGACAAACACUUUGACCCCUUUACGGAGAACAUAGUGGACGGGAUAGUCGCCAACACAGUCAAAAUUAGGGUGAUCUCAGGCCAGUUCCUGACGGACAAAAAGGUGGGUGUGUAUGUGGAAGUGGACAUGUUUGGACUUCCUGCUGAUACAAAGAGGAAGUACAGAACCAAAACAUCCAAUGGGAACUCACUGGACCCUGUGUGGGAUGAUGACAUGUUUGUCUUCAAUAAGGUGGUCCUCCCUACACUGGCCUCUCUGAGAAUAGCAGUGUUUGAAGAAAACGGCAAGUUUAUUGGACACCGCAUCCUCCCUGUGUCAGCCAUUAGACCUGGCUACCACUACAUCAACUUGAAGACUGAGCUGAACCAGCCCCUCCUCCUGCCCUCCCUGCUGGUUUACACUGAGGCUCAGGACUACAUCCCUAAUGAACACCAGGAGUACGCAGAGGCUCUGACCAACCCAAUUAAGCAUAUCAGUCAGUUGCACAAGAGAGAGACACAGCUGGCUGUCCUCAUAGAAGACAACAGUGAGCAUGUCCCCAAUCAGCCCAAAGAUGGAGAGACCAAGAGAGAGAGUGAUGUCAUUCCAGGAGGUCAGCUUCCCUCCCCCUUCCACACCUUUCCCCCCUGCCCAUUGGAUGAAGCCCCUGACAUCAUCAAACCUGCACCAGCACAAAGUCCAAAGGAGGACCUCAUAGCCACUGUUCUAACAGACAUCCACGUCCACUCUUUAGAGGAGCUGAGGCAGCAGAAGAACUAUGUGAAGCUUCUUAAGAAACAGAGCAAAGAACUCAAAGAGCUCCGUAAGAAACACCUCAAGAAGGUAUAUCCACAGGUGUGGAAUAUGAGUAAGGAGCAGAAGAAUCGGAGUAGCCAGCUUCAAUCUGACACCCAGAGGAGACGCAGUCAGAUGGAAAAACAUCUCAAACGUAGCAUCAAGAAAAAUGAGCCCCAUGAGCCGGUGCAGCGCGAGUUGACAGCGCUGGAUCAGGAGCUUGAGAAGCAGACCGUCCAGCUGAGGGAAUGGCAGUUGCAGGAACUGCUGAAACUUCGACAAGAGCUUCACUCACUGGAGAAAGAGAAGCAACAAACACACCUACAAGAGGCCUUCCAGAAGUUAAAGGAGACGGCCCAUGAAUGCCAAGCAGGUCAGCUGAAGAAGCUCAGGGAGAUAUGUGAAAAGGAGAAGAAAGAGCUCCAGAAGAUCCUGGACAGGAAGCGACAAAACAGCAUCAGCGAAGCCAAGAGCCGUGACAAAGAGAAGGCUGAAACGGAAUUGAAUGAGAUCAACAGGAAACAUAUUCAAGAUUCUGUCGCCUUAAUCCGCGGACUGGAGGAGGCUCAGAGCAGGAGGCAGGAGAAUUUGAUGCUGAGGCAUCGGGAGGUGCUGCAACACAUAGACAAGGAACUUCCACAGAUGCAGGCUCAGUUGGAGAGGGAACUGGAAGAAGAGUCUCAGCGACUACCACAGGAAAUCUGCCAGCACCUGGAGCUGGAGCUCCACAACAAAGGUCUCCGUAAGGACGCCCUGUUCUCGCCCUUUUCCAAUCACAGCAGCUCCAGCCCCAGCUCGGGCUCGGGCCCACCCUCCAACUGCUCCACACCCUCUUACCCGUCAUCGCCCAAUCGGAGCACCUGGAACAGGAGCAUGGACAAUAGCACAGCCUCACUGGCCGAUUCCACUUCCUCAUCCACCACUCCCGUCCUGUCAGAGGCAGAGAUGUCGUUCGGUUAAAGUUAUUACUUGUAAAAAGGAAAAUACAUACAUUCAACUGGGGUCUAUAAUGAUUAAUAUGUGGGAUAGUAAUGAUAUAGAUUAUUUACUAAUUUUAUUCCUUUUUUUAUUACAGACUGUUUUGUUCUUGUCUACAGAGCUAUAUUAUUUUUUAUUUUGCAGUUUUUGUCAUAUUCCACAUCAUGCUCCCAUCCUUUAGUUGGAAGAUUUCAUAAGAACCAUAACCAAACUUUUUUUGUCUUUUUGUUUGUUUGUUUGUUUGUUUUUACAUUUUUUUAUCCUUUCAUGCCUUUUUCUCUGUCUCAUUUGUAUUUUGGUCUGGUCAGUAAGCUUUGCUACAUUUUUGCCACAUCUUUAUGUUCACGCUGUUUUAGGUGAAGCUUUCUGUUUUUAACUGCUUUAACCUCUUUUUCUGACACUUAUUGAAAGCUUUAAACUUUGUAGAGAGAGGAGCAGGUUAAAAACUGGCCACCAUUGUUCAGGAAACCUUAGUAACAUAGGUAUUGUUGAUUACCAUGAGGAUAAGAAAAGGUAACUCCCACAACAAAUUGUUGAUAUUUUGUUUGUACCAACAUAUGACCAAUGAUAUAAGUUCAGAAUACCCUCCUUACUUAAAAAACAGCCUGUGGAGAGUGUGUCAGAAACCACACAUCUUACCCACUUUUGCAAAUGAUCCAUUUUAGAAAAGUAUGUUCCAGAAAUGAGUUUCAAGAUGAAGGAAAAAAAUAGUUGAAUUUUAAACCUGAUUUUAUCCGUUUUUAAAUCUCAAGUUUUAUCUGUAAUGUCAGUAGCUAACCAGUAAGUGGUGCUGCAGACCUAACUUCUUUUUUUUUUCAGUCUGUGAUUUGAGCUGCCCAUUCAUGUAGUCUGAUUAUCUUAUGAUAUUAUACACACACACACACACUCACACACCUGUCUCGCCAGGAUUUGCAGCAUCAUUGGUUGAGGGUCAAGUCUCUGGCCUUUAACCUCGCAUCAGAAUCCAAUCAAGGUUGCAUAGCGGGUGGUCAGCAGAUAUCCAUCUGGCUAGAAAGUGUGUGUGUGAGUGAGACAGUGAGGGAAGGUUUAAGUGACAUAACACUCUCUCUCUAAGUGAAUGUGUAAGCAAACUCUCUUGGAGAUACACACACUUGAUGCUCUAUUUUCUACUGAUUCAUCCAUGGAAGAUCUGUCUUCACACUGCAGCGCACGCGCACACACACAAUCACACACACACACACACACACACACACACACACACACACACACACACUCAGUUUAUGGGUUCAGAGGCCAAAAGCCUUUAAAACCCUCAUCCCAUCCAAUCUAUCCUGUUUGAAAAAUACAGUACACAAAGUUCAAUAAUUUCACAAAUAUCUGUGUGUGUGUGUGUGUGUGUGUGUGUGGCCAGAAGUUAAUCUCUUGAUGAGACAUCUGCUUUUGGAGGCUGUAAUACUUACCAAAUGCAAACAGGCCUCUCAAUGUGUGUUGUGCAGAUAUUUAGCUACUUUUGCAGCCUAGAGAAGGACAUCACAUGAUUAAAUAUCAACUCCACUGUAGGCGACACUCUUUAGAUGAAGACCUACAGCUGCGCUGUGACAUUUUAAUGUAAAAUGCACUCAUCUUUUUUUUUUACUUUAAAUUAUCAUUCAAAGCAAACACACUAGGUAUUCCUUCCCCUUCUGAUUGAAACACUGAUUUACUCAGACCCUGAUUUGCACUAGGUCUGCAGAGGUUACAGUUUUCUGAUGCUUUAACUUCACUUAAGCCUCAAAAUUUAAAGCAUUACCUCUUGUUGCCUCAUGUGUUGCUAUGAAAAACAGUAGUUCAGCUCUCUUGUUUCCAGAAUUGACAAUAGACAUAGGAACAACUUAUGUAAAUUUUGUUUUGGGAGUAAAUGUCCACACAGUGUGUUAGAUACUCCCUUCAAGUCAGUUAUUGAAUGUGGCAUUUUGGUGCACAAACUAAACGGUACUUUAAAAAUCUGUGGUUUUGUCUCUGUCAAAGCUUCGCUCUUUGUUUUCAUCCUUUUUUUUUUUCUUUUGACAGAAAAUGUUGAUGGUUUUUGUUUUUCUUUUUUGUCUUGUCCACUUUGAGGGGUAAAAUGUUGGCACUCUGUGUAUGUGUACUCUGUGUGUAUGUUUGACUGUACGUGAAUUUUACUACUGACCACAAGUGCUGGAGAGGGAUGGAGGCUGAGAGAGGUCGAGGAAAGAAAGGAGUGAAUUAGAUUUUUAUUUUUCUCUCGAAGAAAUUGUCUUUUUUUGAGAUGAGAUUCAGCGAGUCCUGCCUUGUCCUCUCCCGUCUCCCCCACUUCGAUGAGCACUGGCUGCCUGUCUGUCUGAUUGUCCCCCUCAAACACACAUACACACCCCUUGUAAACUAUUAUCUAUUUAAAUAGAAUUUUAACAACUUUUUCUUUGUGGUUAUUUAAGUUUUUAUUGAUGGAAGACAGUGGAAGAUUCAGGCUGCUUUAACAAUUUGCAGAGUGUAAAAUGUUUUCAUAUAUCAAGUCCCCCUUACAAGUUCAGAUAGUGCUUAGUAUGGACACCAUAAGGAAAGGAGUUUGAAGCCUAUAACAAUUGUUUGUUUAAUUAAGAAGUCAUUAGGAGGACAGCUACAGCACCAUACACUCGCUGGCGUCAGCACUUUCUUAAAAUGAAUACACUGACUUCUUGAUCUCUGAUUAUUUAACACUUGCCAGCCUGUUCACCUCUGGCUGCCCUGCACCCAUUGUGCCACACUGCCUACACUAUGUAAAUGUUUUUGCUCACCUUUCUCAUUUUAGACACUAAUGUAUGCAAUGAGCUACAGAGUCAGAGAAUGAACAGUGAACUCGGAGGUGAAAUUGCUUCCAGUCCUCUCUAAUCCAGAGGUUUACUUGCCAUGAAAGUGGAAACAUUCCUCGGAGGCCGUCUGCUUUUAGGGUCGAGGUGGUCCAAGCCAUUCCAAGUCCUGUGGCAAAUAUCUAAAGUAACACAUUCUCUUUGAAUAUGAUUUUUACAUUAAUAUUAGGUACUCAAGAGUUUUUUCAUUUUCAUUUCCAAGAUGAAACAUCCCAUUUAAGGUGUCUUUUCAUUUUUAAAUGCACUUGUACCACUCUGUUUUUGUUGAUUGUAAAAACCUUGUGUUCCUGUGACAUGGACAUCAAUACAACCACUUUCCAAUGAUUUUUACUUUUUGUGUAAAGUAGUUGGUUAUUUUUACAAGGUUGAGUGGCUGUUGGCAAAAGAGUCGUUGAGCACAUUUGGAUAUUUGACAAGGCACAAGGAAGGUUUUUCUUCUUUGCAGUUGGAGCUUGGAUUUGUUUUUCCCUUUUUGUUGGUUCUGUUUUCAUGAGGGAAAGUUUUUGGAUAUUGACUGUUAAGUCAAAAUAUCAGAUACUGUAAAUAGUAAUGAAACUUUAUUAGCCUGUCUGUGAGAUGAACUGUAUAACUUGUUAUCAAACAUGUUAAAACUUGGGAAACUUGAGUAAUCUAAACAAAACCUCAGUUUCGUCCAAUAUAACAAAUGCACAUACAGUACAGUUAGACACUGUAUUCUGCAUUGUACAUCACAGUAUCUAUUUGAAAAAUACAACAAACUACGAGUACUUCACAUAAUCAAAAUUUGUUUUUUCAAGUAAAUCUUUGACCUAUAGACGCUCCUUCUACUGUAAAGAUACAUAGUGGCUUUAAAUUUAGAUAAACAUACAUACAAUGUCUUUGUCAGUCUGGAAAGAGUAAAGAUGACUGUAGAGUUUACAGGUGGGACUUUUUUUUGUUUAGAUGAACUAUAAAAUACUGGUUCAUGUAAAAGGACUACAAUGACAUUUUGGGAGUUUGACCUUUAUAAGACAAGAACUGACACCAGAUUCAUCAGCAUGCUGCUGUGAGGUCUGAGAUUGGAAAGCAGUGAUAAAAUAUUCAUGAGCUUCUUUAAUACUGGAUUGUUAGUUAGACAUAAUGACUUGUUUGAUUGGCAAAAUACACAAAUAACUUUCAUAUACUACUCUCAGUGCCAUACGAUCUCUUUUGAUGGGUUUAUUUUGAACUAUUAGACUUAAAGCUGCACUGAUCAAUAUUUUUAUAUUGAUGAUGUAUGAUCAUAGUGGCAAACCUGCAGAGAAUUAUCACCCAACUCUACAGUUCCUCUUGGUUCUCCUGAACACUUCAGUGUGUUUCAGCUCGUUGUUUUGGUUUUAUGGCCUGCAACUUAAACCUUUUGUUCAUCUCAUCUCUCUCAUAAAGUUACUUGCCUGACUCUGAUAAACUAACUGUACACUUUAUGUUUAGCAGCUAGUUGCUAACUAGCUGCUAAACAUAAAAUGGAGACCUUAGCAGUGAAAUAGACUGAAAUUCUCUCAAGAGCUGGUAGAGAAGAAAACAGAGCUAAUAGAAUAUUGGUUAAUAUUGGACUAGCAAUUGUUUAACAUGUACUAGCGCUGCCAGACAUAAAUUAAAAUAUCAGUGUUAAAUUUGGAUCACUAAAAAAAUCCUCAUCUUUUUUGGGGUAAUAGUCCCUUACAACAUAAUUGUGUAGCAAAUAAUUGGACUUUUAGCUUUUGAAUCAGGAUCAUUAUUGACUUCCAUUGCAAACCGCGACACUAAGAAGGGCAGCUUAGUUGUAUUUCAAACUUCAGCCUGUGCCACCAUGGCACAGAGAGAGGAGAGAGAGGACAGAGAAACGCAGUGUGUAUGCUAACGCCGUUAGCUAGUUUCCUACCCACCAGAAUGGAGCCUGGGGGUUUGUUUCUUGUAAAGCCAUGAGUUUUAACCUCUGUUAUUCCUGUCCUGUUUAUGUUAAAAACACACAUUUAAACAGACACGCACAAUACCAUAUUCUGACACGAACAGCAGUGUACCAUUAGACACCAUGCUCACUUCAGCAUCACACACAAACACUCCUUGACUUUACUCUUAUUAGACAUUUGGUGUGACUAGUCUCCCCCAGGCCCUCCCUGAGGCCUCUGGCUGUUGUGUCUUCUCUCCCUCUGUUUUUCAUCCUCUCUCUUCCCCUUGUCCCAUUUCCUUGCCUCCAGUUUCCCUCAAUGAGAGCGUCUUUUACUGUUGGACUAGUUAGAUAAAUUAAAGCAGCAGCUGUGUUUGUUCACUUAAGAUAGUGAAGUCAGCAUGCGAUAUACAUUAGACAAGAUAUGUAGUGAGAUUUGUUGACACUGUACAUGUAGUGUAUAUGAUUGUUGGAUAUAAAGGGAAUACUAUACAAUGAUCCAGAUGUAAUAUUUUAUUGUUCCAUCAUAAUUAAUAUAAAUAUAUGACUGAAAAAUCAGUAAUAAACUUCCAACUUCCUCUUAAA